ACCCCCAUAACAACUUUAAAUGCGUACGUUAGGCUAACUUAGCUGUAAUCAAAAGUCAUCGCAGUCCGAUAGGGGGUAACCAUUAUGGGUAGCCUGACCACAGAUACAACAAGGAGUAUGGAAGAGGCAGAGAGUGAACAGAAGCUAUCGCCGAAGAGGAGCUCAAAACUGUCGAUUGACAUCAGCUCUGGGAGAAAAGACAUCCAUGACAGGGUGUUUGUCAACCGGAGUCUGACCCUGGAGAACAUUAAGUGCUAUGGCUUUGACAUGGACUACACGCUGGCCAUGUAUAAGUCUCCUGAGUACGAGGCCCUGGGCUUUGAGCUGCUUAGGGACAGACUGGUGUCUAUCGGAUACCCACACGAGCUACUGCGUUACUCCUAUGACCCCUCCUUCCCCACCCGCGGUCUGGUGUAUGAUACCAUGUAUGGUAACCUUUUGAAGGUGGACUCCAAUGGCAAUGUCCUGCUGUCUACUCAUGGCUUUACCUACCUCAGAGGAAAGGACAUCCAUCAGUACUACCCCAAUAGAUUCAUUCAGAGAGACGACACUGAACGCUUCUAUGUGCUUAACACGCUCUUCAACCUCUCAGAGACAUACCUGUAUGCGUGUCUGAUAGACUUCUUCACCAAAUGCACCAGAUACAUCAACUGUCCGACGGGCUUCCAGCACGGUGACCUGUUCAUGUCAUACAGAAGCAUGUUUCAGGACGUGAGAGACGCCAUGGAUCACCUUCAUGACACAGGCACCCUGAAGGAGAGGACCCUGAAGAACCUGGAGAAGUAUGUUGUCAAAGAUCCGCGGAUUCCUGUGCUACUGAACCGCGUGAAGGAGGUGGCCAAAGUCUUCCUUGCCACCAACAGUGAUUACAACUACACUGAGGCUAUCAUGAAAUACCUGUUAGAUUUCCCCCCGGGUUCAAAGAACCCAAAGGUGUCUUGGCGGAGCUUCUUUGACUUGGUCGUCGUGGAUACCAGGAAACCGCUGUUCUUUGCAGAAGGGACGGUACUGAGACAGGUGGACACGAACACAGGGAAGCUUCGCAUAGGAACCUACACUGGAGAUCUGCAGCAUGGAACAGUCUACUCCGGAGGCUCAUCUGACAUCGUUUGUGACUUGCUGGAUGUGAGAGGGAAAGACAUCCUCUAUGUCGGGGACCACAUCUUCGGAGACAUCCUCAAGUCGAAGAAGAGGCAGGGCUGGAAGACCUUCCUGGUGGUGCCUGAGCUGGCUAGAGAGCUGCAGGUCUGGACAGAGAGGAACAGUCUCUUUGAGGAGCUCAGAGGUCUAGACAACUUCCUCGCUGAGCUUUAUACGAUGUUGGACUGUGGUCACGGGAGCCCAGACAUCAGUAUGAUUCAGAGCAGGAUCAAGUCGGUGACGUACGCUCUGGACAUGUGCUAUGGGAAAAUGGGUAGUCUUCUGCGCUAUGGUUCUGCGAAAACUCUCUUUGCCAGUCAGUUACUGCGCUACGCUGACCUGUAUGGUUCAUCCUGCCUCAACCUGCUCCACUAUCCCUUCAGCUACCUCUUCAGGGCCCCCACUGUCCUGAUGCCCCACGAAUCAGCGGUGGCUUCCCAAACGAAGGAAAUCAUCGGCGAUUUCUCCAAAGUCAAUCACAUCCACAAACUGACCGAAGACAAGGAGACAAGUGAAAAUGCUAUUCCUGAAACCCAGACAGAGACGUGAGGAAAUGUGAUUGUUCUUUUGUUUUUGAGUCUGUGAAUAUAGUGUGUUUAUGUUAUUGUCUUCAUGUUCAUCAUUGUGUCUUGGACGCCCAUUUGAUAACUGUAUUUUUCAUCGAUACCUUAAUCAAAUGAGGUCGUUAUUAUCUAAAUUAGGGCAGUUUAUCACUUCAACUUAUCAUUUCUUAAAUUGUGCCUUAAAACUUAGCCUUACAAACCACUGUGUCUCACAGCUGGUCAGCUUUGAACUGCCAGUCACGAAGCAGCGUUUCCAAAGACUUUUUCUACUGAACUUACACUGAAAUAGCAAGAGAUAGAAAUCAUCUUCAUCACCUCACUUUCAUUACCUCAGGCAACCUCACUUUCCAUAUUUCUUAUUUCUGUUGUUUUUAUUUAUUUGUUUGUUUGUUGGUUUAGUUUCUCAGUGCAAUGCUCCUCAGAACAGAACUCAGUCAGAGCAAACUGUUACAGUGUACAAAGUGAAACCAGGCUGCGAUUGUCUUGUGGUUGUUUUAACUGCUUGUGUUAAAGGGAAGUACCAUUUUAGUUCAUCUGAUUUCCUUUUUUUUUUUUUUUUUGUGAGACAAAAUGACAGGAAAAGUAUCUUUACCUUUAAUUUGUCUUUACCAUUUCAAGUAUAUAUUUUUAGAACUGAACCAAAAAUAAUUUUUCACUUUUUCCUUUUUUACCUACUCUGCUUAUAAAUGACCAGUUUAGCAAAAAAAAUUGAAGUAAAGAGAUUUUCAUGGGUAAAGUCUUAUUUUGUAGACAGAGGGAGCACUUGGAAACAUGUGCUCUUUCCCUCCAGUGCCAAUAACAGAGAGAGGACUGUGUUUUAGUGUUUUUUUCUUUUUUUUCUGCCGUGAUCAUAAAUUGUUAAAUAAUCUGAAACAGAAUAGCAAGUCAACUUUAUGCAUUUGAGUGAACUCAAUAUUUCAGGCAUAACAGCAGCGAAAUUUCAAAAAUAUAAACUAUGAUGUCUAAAUCUUAAAUAUUAAGGUAAAAUAAUACACGCAGAUUCUGUCCACUUAAAAUCUCAGAAUCAGCUCUCUGCAUUUGCCAUAUUGCAAUAACUACAAACUUACAUCUACAGAAGAUCAACAAACAUAAAUCCUUGAGUUAACUUCUUGAUAAGUAAAUAAACAGGCUUGUAGGUAAACAAACAAAUAAAGUCUUAGGUUAAUCCACUCAGAAAAAAAGGGAUGAUGUCAAAGAAUCUAGUCAUGUGAAGAGUAAAAUGUUUCAGGUUUAGGGCACUUGUUUUCUGCAAUGUUUAUGUAUCUUUAAAUGUGCAAGCAACUUGAAUUCACUCAAAAAACUGCAAAAAGUUCACUUGAUAUCUUGAGUUUUCCUUUGAUAUAUUUUUGACCAGUUUGGACCAGUAUGUCCAGAAUAGAUGGAAUGAGAAACUAGGUCAAAGGCUGCAUACAUAUCGUUGUGUUCCAGCGUAAAUGACCAACAAACACAUCCAGUUUUUGAGAGAGUGCUGGUCAUAAAUGGUAUGAAUAAAAUGAAGUCUCUUCCUGCUUUGUCUGAGUUAUCCAGUGUACAGAAAACAUUUAGUAAUCCAGUUUGUAUUUGUGUUGUGUUUUGGAACAAAAGUGUUUCAUUUCCCUCUCACUAAAUGUUGUUUUUAGGUUUUAUAUAAACAUGAAUAAAAUAGGUCUAAUGUUUGUUCUACCAAAUAUUG